UAGGAUAUCAGGACAAAAACAAUGUCUGCUGUUUAUAACAAACAAGGGUUAAGAGUAAUCACCAGUCUGGUUGGAAUUUUGAUAUUCUUAUAAAAAAGCGUGUAAUAGAUAUGCGAAUUUACCAUACCUAAAAAACCCUUGAAAACUAAUUAUUUUUUUUUUUAAAUUAGUUUUCCCAAAGAUUGAUUCCCCUUAGGUCGGAAACAGCUUUAUUUCAAUCUAAUAAAAGAUUUUAGGCCUACUAUAUAAUUCAUAAAAAACUUUUGUUUAAAAGUACCCUAACCUAGUGGUCCUCAAGAUUUUAUGUUUGUUAUAAAAACAGUGUAAUGAAAUAACAAGCAAAAGUUCGUAAACAAAACAACGUAGAUCCGCCUUCCUUAACAUUAUUUUUCUGUACAACAACUGGCUCCAAUUCAAACAUUCGCAAACCCGUAAACCCAGUUAAACAACCAUACCCAAUCCGAUUUAACCCGUGUAGGAAACGGAUUACGUACAGCGUCUUUCAAACGUGCGUCUUCAAAACAGCUGCCUCAUUAGCAGCAUCUAACAAACAUUUGUGAAUCUAUCUCGUUGUUUGAAAAGCCGCUACAAGCCGAUUAGAAUGAAUAUAAAACACAACUCGUUACCAGUCCUCAUAAAUAAACACAAUAUGAGUUAGUUGCCAGACCUCUACCAAUAACGCAUGGUUCAAACACAUCUGAAGCAUAAUUGAAGUACUAAAGACAUUACAGGGCGGGCAAAAAUAAAAGAAGAAACACAUAGAUAGAAAUUUUAGGCUUAAAACCGGGCAGUGCUAACUAAAAAACAUCAGAACAAACAAAAAUCUAUGGGAUUUGAUGAAGUUUAGCGCCAUGAGGUUGGCUACGCUUAUCAUUUUAAUCAGUUUUGCAUGUGCACAAGACGAAGAUAAUUACGUGGAUGAAUUAGAGUUUGAUGGAGACGAAAGCGAAAAUACUGUUGUCGCUUUAAACGAACAACGAAGGAGUGAAGGCGAGAAUGUACAACGAAGAAGUGUAAACGAGGAUGCGGAGCCUGAUACCAAUAUAAACUACGAAAAGAGGUCAUUGGUUGAGACCUCCACAAAUUUUAAUAACAAAGAAAUAAGCAGCGGCACUUUACUGAAAGGUCAACUUUCGGAAGAGUUACACCGACGUUCGUUUAUCGACAGUGAUAGCCGAGAAAAUAAACAAAAUGAAAAAAUCAAAGAAACACGAAAUUCAAAUUCAAAUGAAAAGGCAGAACCUAGCAAAGAAAGUAAUACUGCAGAAAUCAAAUCAAACGCUAACACGGAAUAUAUUUACCACGCCCCGAAAAAUAAUAACGCCAUUGAAAGUGACGAUUUAAUGGCACAGGCAUCACCCCCUGCAAUUAAACACGAACAACCAGACAAAGAUACGAACAAAAAUAUAGAUGACUUGAUGGCUUAUCGAGACAAACGAAACAUAGCGCCAACAUUUCAACAGAUUCAUGACUUUAUCUAUAAGGGGGAUUUAAUGUCGUCUGUUUCGAAUGAACGUCGAAACGAGCUGACGGCGACAGCAUCCGUUGCACAUAAAGUAAAAUCCGACAACAGUCGCCAAAAACGAAGUAAGAAUGUCAAAAACGAUUCAGGAGAAACAAAGGGAGAAUUGAAUAACAUAUUUACAGAAAUUAAAGCUUCUAAGCAUCAUAAACUCACGAGAAGUGACAUCAGACAGCUCGCCAAAAAAGCUGUCAUGUUGGCGACACUUAAAAAGCUUGACGAAGUGCAUAACAAAACCUCCGCUAAAAAGAAUGCAGUCACAAAACCGAAAAAGAAGACACCGAAAAAGAAUGACAAAAACAAAAAGGCAAACAAAAAAAGUGAAAAACAGACACUCAAAAAGAAGGAAAAAACAAUUAAAAAGAAGACAACUGCGAAGAAGAGCGACAGUAACAGUAAGGGAAGUAAAAAGAAGGCUUUGCCGUUUUCUGGUAAAGACGUCAAAACAGAAACACAGAGUGACAAGAUUGCCGACGUUUUACUCCAUAGCAGCGACGUGUCCAGUAAAUCAUCAGAAUUCUCAGAAGAUAUUUCAAGUAGUAAAAAGAAAAGUGCAAAUGACGUUUUAACGGACGAAGCUAUGGAGAAAGGUGGCAAAACGUCAACUGCAGACACGUCAAUGUCAACGGCAGCUUCCACGGCGUCGACAACUGAAACGAAAGCAGAAGACAACAUUGACGCACUAUUUGCGCCCGACAAAAAGACAACAGUCGACAAACAUGACGACACAACGAAAUCUGAUGACGACAUAUUUACUAACAUGAGAACAAUUGAUCAAUCAACGGAAGUGUCGAAGAAAAGCGAUUUACCAAACGCUAACAUCAAUGAUCAAAUAACAUCGCUGAGAUCUGCUUUAGAAAAAACGAAUCCAAGUAAAGUUCCAACAAAGUUUUUGUCAGACCUACCAUCAGGAAUAAGAAUGAUAGCCUGGAAAAAACUAUUAGAAAAAAAGAAAACAGAAUUGGCCCAACUUGAAACAGCAAUGGGUGGGACAGCAACGGCGAGUGGAACAACCGAGACGGCCGCUGCUACUGAUAAGCCAGUUAUGAUUAACAUCGAUAUAGACCAAGAUAAAAUAGAGAAGGAUGCAACAGCACAGCUAAAGAAUGUAGAGACAACAGACACGGAAGCCGAGAAGAAACAGCUUAGCGAUAAAGAAACAGAUGAUGCAAGAACAUCUCAACACGUUCACUACCUACAAAAACAUAUCAAAGGAGCGAGAGCAUUGAGAAAACUAAUCGCUAAAACAUUAGUUGGUCAUUGUAAAACAACCGGUAAAAGAAUAUUAACUGCUUUUGUUGCCAUGGAUAAGGCACUGGCUCGCGCUCAAGCUAUUGCUACUGUGAUUGGUAAAAAGUUUAACAUUGACACCGAUAAAAUUGAUGACCUUGUUGGCGAUAAAGAAGACCAAGUAGUGGAAACAUUCCUGCGGGAUAUAUUUACGAAAAUAUAAAGAAUCUUGCGGGACAUACGCAUAAAGAGAAAAGCAUUCUUGCAACACAUUUACAAAUCAAAAGCAUCUCCAUAAAAUGGGUAACGUUGACGUAGACAUGAACGAAUUUAUAUAGCAUAUAAAACUGCUGAAAGUAUAAAAUUAUGAGGUAACAAGGUUAACAAACUACGCUGCACUCUUACUCAUUUUCCAAAAAAAAAUAAUUAUUUUAAACUUUCCUCCAACAUUAAAAAUUCUUUAAUAGCAAAUUUACUUCAUAUUUGUUAAGAUGAUAGUCAUUACAAUUCAACUCUUUGUCUACAGAAAGAUUUUUUCGAAAUAAUAUCUCGACACUUAGCAGUUGGCGAUAGUUAAAAUUGGCGAUUGCUUAGAACUCAGUUUUAUGCAUGACAAACAAAGAACUAGGACGCAUGAUGUAACGGCAAUACAAGUGCAUUUUUUACUACAACUACAUUCUUAAAAUCAUAUACACUAUGCAUUUCUUUAAAUCUAAUUUUUAUUUGAUAUUACUAUAUAUAAUAUAAUCAUUUUGAAGCUUUAACAUUUUUGGCGGGACGCAUUUUGUACUUAUAUUUUUUACAAUUGUAUAAAUUUUGGAGAUAUUUUUACAAAUUUUUGACGCCCAAUUUCAUUA